AUGAUUCGUUUACCGAAAUUAUAUCAAAGAUUCCUGGUAUACUUAUCAAUUUUUGGCUUAAUCGUAUUCCUGUAUUAUGAUCAUAACCAAACAUCAAGAGUACAAGAUUAUAGGAUUUCUGAAGGUCUUAAAAAAGAGUUUGACGCAGAUGCCGAAGAGUGGCUCCAGGAUAACGGUUUAGAACAUCUUUCUCCUAGUGACAAUUUGCUUAUAAAUAUUGGCAAUGAGCAAUGUUUCCAUAUAGGUCGUUUUUAUGAAAGAUGCUUCAGUUUUUAUGAACUAAGACCACAACCAAAGAGCGUACAUUUAUUGGUUGCAAGAAGAAAAAUACAUAAAGAUUUAAAAGGUUCAUUUGGGCGGAAGUGGUUGGGGAGAUCAGAGUACCUUUAUUACGAUAUCUUACGCCUUAGCUCCUUACAUUCUCUCGGAUCUGAUUUUGGAGAGCUGAAUGUAGAUGCUAUCACUGGAAUAUCUAGUGGUAGUAAGGAUAAUUCUGUGUCAUUUAAGGAUUUUUCUGUUACGUUUGAACCCAUCAGCAUAGAACUACUACAAAAGCGUGGUAUAAUAAGUGAAAUCAAUAUUCUCUUUGGCACUGAUUGUGUGGAUCCGCGAGAAACUUGGAGUUUACAAAAGGAUGUUUCUUUCACACACUAUGCAGGUAGUGAACCUGCUUACUUGACUUACAGAUUUGUGGGUUUUUACCCUGCGAAUUCAAAAGCCCAACGUCUACAGGAAACAGACGAAGGCAGAUUCAAGAUCGUUCAAUUAGCAGACCUUCACUUGGGUGUAGGAGAGUCUGAAUGUGUCGACGAAUUCCCAAAACAUGAGACUUGCAAAGCUGAUCCAAAGACAGAGGCCUUCGUCCAACAAGUUCUAGACAUCGAAGCACCUCAGUUGGUUGUUUUCACUGGUGAUCAAAUCAUGGGCGACAGAUCUAUCCAAGACUCUGAAACGGCAUUACUAAAAGCAGUCGCGCCUGUCAUUUCGCGAGGGAUUCCAUGGGCAAUGGUAUGGGGCAACCAUGAUGACGAAGGAAGCUUGACGCGUUGGCAGUUGUCCGAAUUAGCUUCAACCCUGCCAUAUUCGCUUUUUCAAUUUAGUACUUACGAUACAAAAGAUAACACAUUUGGUGUCGGUAAUUACGUUCAUCAGGUUUUUUCAUAUAAUAAUACAGAAGUACCGGUGAGUACGCUUUAUUUUUUGGAUUCUCAUAAAUAUUCUACUGUUGGUAAGAUUUAUCCUGGUUAURACUGGAUCAAAGAAUCUCAAUGGGAAUAUAUGAACAAAUACUAUGAUGAAACUUUGGAAAUGAAAACUGAGCUUUCAAUGGCGUUUUUCCACAUUCCAUUACCAGAAUAUUUGAAUAUUCAAUCGAGUACACACCCCGGGGAGGAAAACGCCCUCGUGGGUACUUAUAAAGAAGGCGUCACUGCACCUAAAUAUAACUCUGAAGGGAUGGCUACUUUGCACAAGUUGGGUGUGGAUGUCGUCAGUUGUGGGCAUGAUCACUGUAAUGAUUAUUGCCUACAAGACGAUUCCACACCAAGUCAAAUUUGGCUAUGUUAUGGUGGUGGAGGUGGGGAAGGCGGUUAUGCUGGUUAUGGAGGUACAGAGAGACGUAUCCGUAUUUAUGAGAUUAAUAUAAGUGAGAACAAUAUUUAUACAUGGAAAAGACUAAAUGGUAGCCCCAAAGAAAUUUUCGAUUACCAGUCUAUGUUGAACAAUAAUUCUCCAAAAACUGUUUAA